AUGACAGAGAUCUUGACGCGUGCUGGCAUGUAUGAGUCCAAGCCUGUAGCGAUUCCUGUUCCCGUGUCUCGGCCUGUUUCUGGGAGUAAUCAGCCGUUUAAAGAUCCUACGAAGUACAGGAGUAUAGCAGGUGCCUUGCAGUAUCUCACGGUUACCCGGCCUGACCUGUCUUAUGCGGUUAAUUUGUUGUGUCAGCACAUGCAUGCUCCUACAGAUGCGCAUUGGGCUCACCUUAAGUGGGUGCUGUGGUACGUUAAGGGGACUCUGCAUUAUGGUUUGGUGUUGCGUAAGUCUCCUAACACUGAUAUUCAUGCGUAUUCUGAUUCGAACUGGGCUAGUUGCCCGACGGAUAGGAAGUCUACAGCGGCUUUGCGGUUUUUCUGGGUUCUAAUCUCAUUUUGUGGGUUUGCAAAACGCAGCGUACAGUGGCCAGAUCGUCUAAUGAGGCUGAGUGUGCUGUCUGGAUCUGCUCCGAAGCUGUGGUGUGAUAAUCUGGGUGCCACCUACAUGUGUACUAAUCCGGUUUUCAUGCACGAAACAUAUAUUGAGAUUGACUAUCAUUUUGUUGGGGACAAGGUCGCAGCGGGUGAGCUACAAGUUAAUUUUAUCUCGACGAAGGACCAACUGACGGAUAUAUUCACCAAGCCCCUCGCGGCUCCGCGUUUUGCGUUUCUACCAGGCAAGCUGCAGGUUGUUGCUCUUCCCUGA